AAUGCUGCUGCUGCUGCCGGUGCCGCCGCCCUCUGGGUGCUGGCCGUCGCGGGGGAUCAUGAGCGUCUCGGGUAGCUUCCGUCUCCCCCAGUUCUCCAGAGACGAGGGAUUGGGGUGUCGGUUCGCCCCUCGUCCUCCGUUGCCUUUCGCCCCCGGGGGCGCGGCGCAAGGGCCGCUAUGAGUAGCAGCCAGCAACGCACCCACCUCGAGCAGCGCGCAGAAUGAAGCUUGACAGAAAUGAAGCAUUACAAAAUCAGACUGGAACUAAGAAAACUGAUUUAAUGAAGUAUGACAGUAAUGUAAAAAGUGGGAGUACCAAUUAUUUGUCAGGGACAAAUGAUUUACAGGUAGAUAAUGGCAAACUCCCGAAGAUCUCUCGUGUUCCAAAAUGGAAACAUGCCACUUUACAGCCAAUCCCAAAAGAAAGAAAAUUACCAUUCCUGACACCUGAUAAUAAAUUCCUGGAUCAUAAAGGAAAAUUAUUUGAAAGUGAACCAUUAAUGGAUAGUUGGAAAAAUGCGGUUUUAAAGACAAAAAGAGUUAAACAAGAGUAUGUUUCUGCAUAUGGCUUGAGAGAUUCCAAUGAAAAUACUGCAAUGCAGUGUCUUUCUCAGAGUACGGAGGAAUAUUCUGUAAUACCAAACCCCCUUCCUGUUAUACAAAAUACACAAAGUUGUGCUAAUCAAUUUCCAAACAGCUCUGAUAGUAAUGAAGACUCCAGAUUGCCACCUUUAUAUUUGUUUCCAUCUACUCUAUCCCAAAGUUUUUUUGAAGGCCACUACAAAAGCAGGGGAGACAUUACCAUGGGACACCCAACCAAAAAAGAAGUGCCUUGCAUAUCAGCACCUCUGAAGAACUCCAAACCACACUGUCAAGCUGCAGAGUUGGAUACUGUGAGGUUGAAGAAACUGAAUAAGUGUUCCAGACUGGCUUCAUUUCCAGGAAGGGUCAAGUACAGGACUGGUAAAAGAGCCAUUUCCUACUUCUUUCUUUAUUUAAAAAUAAAGCAAAUUAGUAUUCACUGUAUUUUACUGUAUCACAAGUUCUUUUACAUAUACCCAAGUCAGUGGGCUCCAAAAUCCAAGAAAGCCAAUACAACACAGGUCCCUUGGCAACACAGAAGCACUCAAAGGCUAGUAUUCACUGCUCACUACUCCACUCUUUCCUACUUCUACCACACUUCUACCAGGCUUGAAAAGGUCAGGACAACAGCAGCACAGGUGUUAGCCAUUUUGCAGGCAACCUGUCCUCUCCCACAUUGUGAAAUCUUCUUCCUGUUUUUACAUUCACUAUUGAAUAUUAUUUUCUCUAAAAUAUGGGCAAGGAAUGGAAUCCAGAAUAGUUUCCCCCCAUACUGUAAAGUUUAGAUCCAUGAUGGCGAACCUGUGGCACGCGUCCCGCAGGUGGAAUGCAGCGCCCUCUCUGGGCAUAUGAGGGGUUGCCCAAGUUCAGCUCUGCCGCACAUGCGUGUGCACUUCCCACCGGCAAGCUGGUCAUCGGGUCUCUCCCAUAUGUGCGGGGGGGGGGGUGCAUGCAAGGGGCAUGCAUACAGGGGGCUGGGGCACGUGUGGGGCCGCGCACACAUGCACAGGGGGCGGGGCACAUGCAGUGGUACAUGCACAGGGGUAGGGGCCGUGCAUGCAUUGCAUUUUGGGGGUUUGCGCUCUUUGGACACUUGGUCUGGAAAAGGUUAGCUGACUGAUUUAGAUCCUUUAAGAAAAUAUUCUGAUGAUCAAAGUAGGCUCAUAGACACGCAGGUGUUUACAUUGUGGAUGUCUGUUCUGCCUUGACUUAAAAAUAAAAAACCUUACAGCAAUACUAGAGUAGAGCUUAUAGGCUUGCUGUAGGCAGUCAAAUUGCCAUAUUAAGAAGGCAAGACCCCUUCUCUAGCACUAAGACUGCUUCCCUCCCAAACAUCAGUGGAGGAUAAAGUCAAAGAAAUGAGUUAUUCAGGCAGAACUAUCUUUCUGGAUCUUUUUGCUAGAAUUUGAUAAAGCAGAACUCUCACAAGCUUUAGUCCAUGGCAUAGGACCGAGAUAUCUUCGGGACCGCCUUCUGCUACUACAUGCCUCCCACCGGCCGGUACGUUCCCAUAGAGAGGGUCUUCUCAGGGUGCCUUCAGCCAAACAGUGUAGGCUGGCGACACCCAGGGGGAAAGCCUUCUCUGUGGGGGCACCUACCCUCUGGAAUGAGCUUCCCCCAGGACUUCGACAACUUCCUGACCUCUGGACCUUUCGCCGCGAGCUGAAGACAUAUCUAUUCUUCCGAGGACUGGCUUAAAUAGGGUUUUUUUAUAUAUGGAUUUUAUUGGGGUUUAUUUUAUAUUUUGUAUUGUAUUUUAAAUUUUAGGCCAUAUUGAAUAAGUUUUUUAAAGAGUGUUUUUAUUGUAAUAUAUGGUAUUAUUUUAUCUGCCUGUUCACCGCCCUGAGUCCUUCAGGAGAAGGGCGGUAUAAAAAUUAAAUUAUUAUUAUUAUUAUUAUUAUUAUUAUUAUUAUUAUUAGUCACUUUGAGCAGGGCAGAAAGGGAAAGUGGGGAUGAGCUGCAUUUGUGAGAACUCAUUUCAAAAGAUAAUAAAUACAUCCAUUUCUUCUGCCAGCAAAGAGGGAGCUCCUAAAAUGCUUUGCUUUGGAGGUAUUGGCAAUCAAUAUUUAGCAAUAUCUUCAAAUACACAUUUUAGUUAAUUGCAAUUAAAAAACUUGGCACUGUAAUUUCCAAUUUUGGGGGUUUAUUUAUGUUGCAAUUGAUUUGUUUGAAAGAGUAAUUAUUUGUGAUAAUAAAAAUAUACCAAUAAAUGCAUUUUUGAAUUUUAAUAACUCUUGCCUCUACUUUGAUAGCCAUCCCAUACAAUUCUCUUCUACCUCUAACAUAAAUCCCAAAAAUAAUUAUGAUUUUCAAUUUCUGUAUUUCUCAGAAUAUCUGGAUUGCUGCUACGAAUUACAGAUUUUAAUGAAUAUUGAGUGCAUUUAUAGUGAUGUCCUAUAUUAUCAAUUUUAGAUAGCUUGUAGCAUAUUUGCAUUUAGUAGGUAACAGAAGUGGUUGAAUUUUGACAAUUUCACCCCAAAGUUGAGUAGAAAAAGAAGAUAUUUCAAGCUUUCCACUCCCUUAUAGACUCGAGAUUUAUCGUUUGUUAGGGAAGGAUUAAAUCCCUUUUUUUAGCACUCUUGAGCAUUGAGGCACCUUGCCUUUUGUUCUGCUUUUCAUUCUACCUCCAGUUCCAAAUAUAGACAGAAAAACACAUGGGCUGGAAAAGUCCAUCUCAUUCUGUCUGGUAACAUUCUACCACCAAAAUACUCAUCUAAAAAAGGUGACGAUUUAAGUUGCAACCCGAUUCAAAUGUUGUCCAAUGUUGUUCACAUGUUGCAUUAAGCCACUGUUUACUAAAUAUGUAUAGUGAAUCAAAAUGAAAUAUUUAAUAUAGUGACCCUACUGACCAGCUGGGGAAAAGUAACCUCUAUUAUGUUACCUGACCUAAAUCACAACCAACAUAAAUUCAAGUCCUUCAUCCAGGCUAUAAAUUAUAUAAAUUACAUCACUGCAAAAAUUAGUGCUAGCAUGCGACUUUUACAUUUAAUACACAUUUGUGCAAUUGUACUCUGUUAUCAUCAUGCACAGCAUAACAACUGGCAGAAGCUAAUCAACCUUUGCUGAUCUCAAAAUAGCAACAAUACUUAGACAUAUACUGCUCCAGUGCUUUACAGCACUGAGUGGUUUGCAUCAACAUAUUGCCCUUAACUGGGUCAUUAUACCCACCUCUGAAGGAUGGAAAGCUGAGUCAACCUUGAGUCAAACUCUCCUGGCAGUCAGCGGUUAGCCUUGUAUAGUUGAAUAUGGAUACGCAUUUGAAUGGUAGACCAUCAUGAAACCUAGGGCUAUAUGCUUAUCUUAAAUGACUCAACGCCAAAGGCGCACGGAACGCUGUUACCUUCCCACCAAGGUGGUCCCUAUUUUUUCUACUUGCAUUUUACGUGCUUUCGAAACUGCUAGGUUGGCAGAAGCUGGGACAAGUAACAGGAACUCACUCCGUUACACGGCAGCAUUAGGGAUUCGAACCUCUGAGCUGCCGACCUUUCAAUCGACAAGCUCAACGUCCUAGCCCUUGAGCCACCGUGUCCCUCUUAAAAAUGCAAAACACCCCAAAAAGCACUGAUAAGCCAUUUCUCUGUUGUGGCUAAAAGGACAGGAAUAUGUCAAUGGAGACUUCAAUUGAUUAUGACCCAAAAUUUGUAUUUUCCACAUGAUUUUUACACAUGUAUCGUUAAAUAAAAAUCAAGUAGAAUCUUUUUUUUCUUCUUAGGUUACCAAUUUGCUGAUCCUGCCAAUGGAGCCCCAUCUCAGUUCCUUCAGAGGCUUGCUGAAUUAGCUGCUCUUCAAUGCACAACCAUUCAUGAGGAGAAAACUAGAAAAAUAAGGAAGACCAAGAAACAAGAAGCA